CUCAGCCCAUGAAUCAUUCAUUGACUGCACCGUGUACACUGGCGGCAGCAGCCUCCCUCCCGCUCUGCGUUUGGCCAAGCAGGUGACGCGCGAAGCCGCUGCGCGCACUGAGCGACACCACCACGGGCGCGCAGCCGUCGGUUCUCUCGAUUUUGGCGGCACAGGUUGGAGAAUAUAGAUUGACGGCACCAUGACUACUACCUUGCUUUGCAGCACGUUAUUUCUCCUGGCUUUUAGACUAGCUUUGGCUUUUAGUCACAAUCCUAGGAGCCCAGACAGAGUCUCUGAAGCUGAUAUCCAAAGACUUCUGCAUGGAGUUAUGGAGCAACUGGGCAUUGCCAGGCCCAGAGUUGAAUAUCCAGCACAUCAAGCAAUGAAUCUGGUUGGUCCACAGAACAUUGAAGGUGGUGCACAUGAAGGUUUGCAGCAUUUAGGUCCUUAUGGAAAUAUUCCAAAUAUUGUAGCUGAACUGACAGGUGACAAUAUACCUAAAGAUUUCAGUGAAGAUCAGGGGUACCCAGAUCCUCCAAAUCCAUGUCCAAUUGGAAAAAAUGUUGAUGAUGGAUGCCUGGAAAACACCCCAGAUACAGCACAGUUCAGCAAAGAGUACCAGCUUCACCAGCACCUUUUUGAUCCGGAACAUGACUAUCCCAGCAUGGGCAAAUGGAAUAAGAAUUUACUUUUUGAGAAAAUGAAGGGUGGACCGAAAAGAAAGAAAAGGAGUGUGAAUCCGUAUCUUCAAGGGCAGCGACUGGAUAAUGUUGUAGCAAAGAAGUCUGUUCCACAUUUUUCAGAUGAAGACAAAGGGACUGAAUAACUUCAGAAACUGAAUGAUUUAUGUAAAUCCCUAAUAUGGCUUAUAUAAAAUCAGUGUUUUGAGUCCUCAUAGUGGCUGCAUGUGUAUUACUAAUAAAACUGUUGCAGAAAAGCAGCAGUUUUUUCCCUCCUAGAUAUAUUAAAACCCAGUUCUGCUUUUGUUAAGUUAUGGUAAUUGGAUCUUCUUGUGUUUGUUCUUGUUUUAGACCUGGAGCAAGCUUUUAAAAUUAACCAGUGUAAUAACUGGUGUAAGUUAAAUGGUUUUAACAAACAGCUUGUAAAGAGAAUGAUUUUGUUAACAUAUUCCACUUCUUUUGCUUAUUCUCAUAAUAUAAUGAUUGACUUUUGGGAACAAUAAUUUUAUUGUUCAUAAAUAGCCAAAUUCACAAUAAAUGUCUAGAUACUUGCUGUUUUGUUUUAAUAAACACUGAAAGCAAUCUUC